CUCGAACAAGAACAGGCCCAGAAACAAAUACGAAGCGGCCGACUCCACCAAAUGGCUAAUGAUGCUUGAAUAGCUAUGUCGGAGGUCGCAAGAGUGUGAAAAUGGAAGUGACGAUGGCGGAGCCCGGUGAAAUACUGCCGGAGCGCAAUGUAGACAUGGCGGCGCUCUACGACAUGCUGCGGUCGAGCAAGGCUUCGGCGGAAGAAAUCGUGGCCAAGAUGUUGGCCAUCAAGAAAGAAUCUCAGCCCAAAUCCCAGCUCCGGGAACUUGUCACUAGGAUUCUCCUCAAUUUCGUCACCCUACGUCAGGCAAAUAGGUCUAUCUUGCUUGAAGAAGACAGAGUAAAAGCAGAUACUGAACGCGCUAAAGCACCUGUGGACCUCACAACCUUGCAGCUCCAUAAUUUGAUGUAUGAGAAAAAUCACUAUGUUAAAGCAAUAAAAGCUUGCAAAGACUUUAAGACUAAAUAUCCUGAUAUUGAACUUGUACCCGAGGAAGAAUUCCUCAGAGAUGCCCCAGAAGACAUUAAAAGCUCCACAUUAUCAACUGACAGUGCGCAUGAUUUGAUGCUUAAAAGGCUCAACUAUGAGCUUUUCCAGCGCAAAGAAUUAUGCAAGCUUCGUGAUAAGUUGGAACUACAAAGAAAAGCUCUCGAAGAGACAAUUGCUAACAGGAAAAAGUUCUUAUCAAGUCUCCCUUCACACCUCAAAGCUCUCAAAAAGGCAUCCUUGCCUGUGCAACAUCAGUUGGGGCUUCUGCAUACCAAGAAACUAAAGCAGCAGCAAUUAGCAGAGUUGCUCCCACCUCCUCUCUACAUAAUCUACUCUCAGUUACUUGCUCAGAAGGAAGCGUUUGGAGAGAAUAUUGAACUGGAGAUUGCAGGAAGUGUAAAGGAUGCACAGGCUUUUGCGCGCCAGCUUGCAAAUAAGGACUCUGCUAUAUUAACAAACUUAGAGAAUUCCAAGUUGGAAGAUGAUGUGCCUGAUGAGGAAGACGAUGGUCAAAGGAGGAGAAAGCGGCCAAAGAAGGUUCUAAGCAAGGAUAACCAUGACCAGUCUGGAAUAUAUCAAAGUCAUCCUCUUAAAGUUUCCCUCCACAUAAGUGAUGAUGAAGCUUCGGACUUGAACUCAGCAAAACUCAUCUCCUUGAAGUUUGAGUUCUUAAUAAAGUUGAAUGUUGUGUGUGUAGGAGUAGAAGGCUCUGAAGAAGAUCCUCAAAACAAUAUCUUGUGCAACUUAUUUCCUGAUGACACUGGCCUUGAGCUCCCUCUGCAGUCAGCAAAGCUCUGGAUUGGCAAUUCUUUUUCAUUUGAUGAUAGGCGAACUUCACGGCCUUACAAAUGGGUCCAGCAUUUGGCAGGAAUUGAUGUCUUGCCAGAGGUUUCGCCACUGAUUUCAGUCUCUGGAGACUCUAAUAGUGAGACUACUAGACACGGUUCUGUUCUGUCAGGUCUGUCAUUAUAUCGUCAGCAGAACAGAGUGCAGACAGUUGUGCAAAGGAUUUGUGCUCGUAAAAAGGCUCAGCUGGCUCUUGUGGAGUUACUUGAUUCGCUAAGGAAGCUUACUUGGCCUACUUUUACCUGUGAAAGCGUUCCAUGGGCUUCAUACACUCCACACUGCAAUUUGCAUGGCUGGCUAUCCAUGACUUCAGCUGGUAACAGUACUACAUCUCUGCCACUGGUUGAUGCAGAACAGAGUCAGGGUCCUACAAGUGUCAAUGCAGAUAGAAACUCUGGUAGGUCCAAGGAGAUGGAGACCACAACAGAAGAUGGGGAGCUUCCAUCUUUGGUUCCAGUUGCUAAUGGUGUAAAUGAUGUUGGACUCACCCCCACAAAAGGAUCUGAACUUGAGAAUUCCAGAAGGCUGAGUUUGAUUUCAAAAAGUAUCAUGUCCCCAAUCAACAAGGGGAAGUCACCAAGUUUUAAGAAGCUUGAGGAGGAUGUUGAUCUCAUGCUGGAAUCUGAUAAUGAGCUUGAUGAACCAGUUAAAGUGGAGGAAACAUCUGAUAAUGCAUCACCAUUGGGAGAACUAGCAUUUGUUGACAAUUCAUGGGCGGACUGUGGGGUUCAAGAAUACAGUCUUGUACUAACUCGUAGGUUGGACAAUGAUGACAGGAUUAUGAAAUUGGAAGCCAAGAUCAAAAUAAGCACAGAAUAUCCUCUUAGGCCUCCUCAUUUUGGACUGAGUCUUUAUAGUUCCUCACAAGGAGAGAACUACUUCGUGUCUAAUGGUUCGAGGUGGUACAAUGAACUUCGUGCAAUGGAGGCAGAGGUCAAUGUUCACAUAAUAAGGAUGAUACCGUUCGAUCAAGAAAAUUUAAUUCUAGGUCAUCAAGUGCUUUGCCUUGCGAUGCUGUUUGACUUCUUCGUGGAUGAUGGGAAUCCUUCUGAGAAGCGAAGGUCUACUUCAGUGAUUGAUGUUGGUUUAUGCAAGCCUGUAAGUGGAAGGCUUGUCAGCCGAUCUUUUAGAGGUCGGGAUCGUAGGAAAAUGAUUUCAUGGAAAGACAACACCUGCACUCCUGGUUAUCCUUACUAGAACAUGAAUCAUGAGGUGGAGAUGCACUAAUAGCUAUGCUGUUUCCAGCUUGUUUGGCUUCAGAAGGUGGUUUCAGAAGAUUUGUCGGAACCCUCUUGUGUUCAAACCAAGAAACUGCGCAUGUUGUCUUUCCUUUGGCUCAUGAGGUAAAUUGCUGAUGUUGUCAAGAUACAGCUUGAAAAUAGAGCUUAAGAGGCCAUUAGCUUGCCUUCCGUUGUUAGCUGCUUGUUUGUUUACUACUUGGAAAAACAGAUCCAGGGCCAUAAUGAAGUCUUUUCCAAGGAAUUCGGGUGAAGAUACUAUUAGAAAUCAUCAGAUGAUAGCUUAGGUACAUUAUCAAUCUCCAUCUUGAGAUUGUAAUUUAAACGGUCAUCAUAUGUUCAAUUUUUAUCGAAGAUUUAGAAACCUCUAACGACGUUGUCAGUUAAUCCGAGUUAAAAGAUGGAGAUAUCAAUGUAAAUACAAUGGUCUUCACGAGCAUAUGAAUGUUAUUGAUUGACUUGUAUUUUGACAUCAAUUCAUAAUUUGACGUGAGAACUUUAUAGUUCAGAUUUAGAUA